UCACAACACACACAUACACACACAGUUCUCAAAAUUCAUAAUCUCUUCAGCGAACCAUCAACUUCCAUAUAACUCACCAGUAUUCAAUUUCGAUUCCAAAAUGAAGCGUAAGGUUCAAGCAGUACAGUGCUUGAAGAAACUUCGAUCGAGACUUCCUCGUCGCCGACGUUCGCAAAUCUCUCCGAUUAUCUGUUCAAACGUAAAGCCACGCUCAAUUGCUUUUCCGGUCGAUUCGAGUGCUUCUUCGCACUUGACGAGAGAAGUUUCGUGCGAUUCGAGCAGAGUUUCGGUGAAUAAGCCGAGACCUCAUCUGAAGAAGCGAGGUUUGGAGGAGAUCGGUGGUUUUGGAGAGAAUGAAGAGUUUCGGAGAGUUACAAGGUCGUAUUUGAGGCAGAGAGAGAAUGAGAGGAAGGAGGUGGAAAAGAGACGUGUUGGAGAUGGCGUGGUGGAGAUAUCGGAGUCCUCUUGCGUUGAGUCGUGUUCUGGAGUGAAGGCUCGAGAGAUAAAUUCGAAGUCGAAGAGAACGAGUGGUAAAGGAGCUGGAAAUGCGAAGGAAUUUGGAAGAAUUGAAGAGUCUGGAGCUACUACGAAAUCUGAGGUCUCGUGCGUACAACAAUUCUCCGGCGAAUUUUCCAGGAAAAUUUCGAAGGCUGGAGGAGAGAAAGCCAGAGGAACCGAGAAUUCACUUGAAAUUAAGGAGAAUAAACUAGUUUUGUUCUCAGAUAAAGCGAACAAUGACGGUGAAAACAGAGUUCCGAGAGUUGAAUUGUUUGAAGUUUCACGGAAUUACGCUGAGGCGAAUCUCACAGAUUCGAAUUCAGGAUUGGCUAUUGAACAGAAAUCGGAGCUCAAUGCAAACGAUUUGGAUCUCGCUUGCUCAGAGUAUCUCUGUAAUGAAGCUGAAUCGGACUAUUCAUCGGCAUUUUCUGAUCUCCAAUCGGAGAUUUUCCCGGAAAGUUCAGAAGUAGAUUUCUCAGACUACACUCCGUCCGUGUGGUUCGAAUCUGGAAGCGAGUUUUCGGAGCGAUCAGUCGGUGACGAAAAUCCGACGCCUACAUUCUCAUUAUUCCUCCAGUACGCUCAACAAUUCUAUAAGUCAACCUCCGCUUUAGGCUCCAAAAUCUCUACACUUUUCGAUGAAGAGCACUCUGAUGAAUUCACACCGUUGAGGUUUGAAGACGACGAGCACGAAAGGAGCUACCAGAUGUUCAGAGACAGAGAGAGGAGACAAGUGUAUGUACACGACUACACGGCGGAAUACUGUUCCACGACGGAGCACGGCGAACUUGUCAUCCAGCAGAGGCUACAUAUGGUCCACUGGAUCGUUGAGCAAUCUACCACAAAAGAGCUUCAGAAGGAGACAAUGUUCCUAGGCAUUAGCCUUCUGGACCGAUUCUUGAGUAAAGGAUUUUUCAAAAACAAGAGGAGCCUUCAAAUUGUUGGAAUUGCCUGUCUAGCAUUGGCCACCAGGAUAGAGGAAAACCAGCCCUUCAACAGUGUGAGAGAAAGGAAAUUCAGUGUAGGAAGCAAUGUAUACAGCAGAUGUGAAGUGGUAGCUAUGGAAUGGCUGGUGCAGGAAGUCCUCGACUUUCAGUGCUUUUUGCCAACCAUCUACAACUUCUUAUGGUUUUACCUGAAAGCUGCAAGUGCAAAUGAAGUGGUGGAAAAAACUGUCAAGUACCUAGCAGUGCUAGCGCUCCUGGGUCAUGAACAGCUGUGCUACUGGCCAUCAACUGUUGCAGCUGGGCUCGUUAUGCUUGCCUCUCUCUCAGCCAAUCAAGAUGCAUCAUGCAACCAUGUCAUGGAGACACAUCUCAGAACAAAAGACGAUGAUCUACCAGGAUGCAUAAAGAGCCUACAGUGGUUGGUAAGGUAUGCUUACUAACAAGCAUCGCAGUGUAAAAAAUAAAAAAUCUCUGUUUGUUAUCUUGGAGCAUUACUUCUCAGUUCUCAGUCACUGUAAAGACACAAGUGAUACGUAGAUGAAGGCAAUUUUCUGCAACUGGAUCGCCCUUGUUGUAAACUGUCAAUAGAACAAACGACAAUCUCCGUAGACAGAAUUUGUACCUUCUUUUUGCAGCAGCCCGAAGCAUGGGUAAUUGUAGUGCCUUUUUAGUAAUAAGCUACUUAUCAGUUACUUCAAAAAAGGACUUUGAAGCUGUUGCAAUUGAAAUCAGCUUGA